CAAACAAUACGAGUCUUGUACGUAUUCUCUCUUUGCUUCCUAAAAAUCAAUCAAUCAAUCAAUCACAGAGUACGCACCACCAGCCAAAUUAUAAGUGAGAGAGAAGAUAACGACGACAAGAAGAAGAAGGAGAAGCUCCAAAAUUGUUCAUUUGCAUUUCUCCAACUUGUAAAAUCGAGCACCUGCAUUUGGGGGCUUUCCUCUUAUCUGGAAACAAAGAGAGCCGCCACUGAUGGAAUGAGUUUCCGUGAAUCAUCCACCCAGGUGAAAGGAAUCAUAAUUUGGUUGGUCAACUAAUAAUAAAAAUGGGUGAGGCAAGUGAUUCAGAUUCGUCUGAUGAGUCUUUGAAACACAAUAGCACCCCACCACUCUUUAGCAUCUCUGGCUUCUUUUGUGUUGCCAAAGGAGGAGACUCUGAUCCCGGUAGGAGCCCUACUUCUCCCCUUGAUUUUGGAGUCUUUGGUGGCCUCUUUAGCCCCAGGUCUUCUUCUUCUUCACCCCUCCACCGAAACAAAUGGCUUUCUCACAAAGUCGGGCUUUCUCUUCUGAGCUCCAGCUUCGAACUAGGCGAUGAUCCAUUCAGAAGGGACUACAUUGUGCUUGCCCCUCAGGUCAAGGUCAACAAUGUUAAUACAGCAACUCCCAAGCUUUCCAGUGAUCCUUGUGUCAUUGUGGAGGAACCAAGGAGAUCAAGCUCAUCAUCCCCUAUGGAUAUCAUCUCCACGUACUCUCGCUCCCUCUCUGGGCGUGAGAUGGCUCUCUCUGAGGACUAUACCUGUAUAAUUUCUCAUGGACCAAACCCAAAAACAACUUAUAUAUUUGGCGAUUGCAUCCUGGAUUGUGACCCCAAGGACUUGGGAAAAGAAGAUAUUGAGAUACACGAAGAAGGGGAUGAUUCUUUUAGCACAGAAAAACCUCAAAAUCACAGGUUCUUCUGGCUCCAACUUACAAAGCAGCAUUGAGUGGUCUUUUUAACCUUGAACUAAUUACAUCUCUGACAUUUUAUUUCCGUGAAUGAACAAUAGGGAAGUAUCAGCAGAAAAGGAAAGUGAGAACGCUGGUGCUGAAGAAUCAUGUUACGAAGAGGAGGAUCUGUUUCCUAUGGCAAUGCCUCUUAACCCGUAAUGAGAUGGCCAGAGUGAAGGGGGUUUAUUGUGUGGGCCUCUCCCUCUUUGAGUGUGACAUUUAGUGUUGUAAGGUUAGGUGUGGGGAUUUUUGUGUGCUCAAUAAAAAGCUUUGAUUCGGGUGAGUUUUGCUGUGGCCUGAUGCCCCGGCUCAUCCCUUUUCUUCGUCUUGUUUUUUUUUUCUUCUUACUUUGUAUGAUUGCGUUGUUACUACUGAUCCUCAUUUGAUGGACACACUUGUGUUUUCUCUCUAUAUCAAUUGUUUUAGUGGCUCACGUUGCUGAAUAAAAAUGGAUAUUAUCG